GAGAUCAAAGAUCCUUCUAAACGGUAUAACGACGCCUGCCAUGACCUCGACCGCGAACGGGUGGCUGGACGCCAGCUGCAAGAGCGCACCGACGAGCUCGCCCACAAGCUGGGAGAGUUGGAGGAGGCCACGAUGCGCGGCGCAUUUGUGCUCGCGUUGGUCGACGCCGACAGCGACACGUACCUGUUUCACGACAAAUACUACACGGGCGACACCGACAACUCGGGCGACGGUGGUGAGCGGGUGGCGGUUGACUUGAAGGCCGCCGUUCAGCAGUAUCUCCGCUCGAUCGACCCGGCCUUGAUCGGCCUGCCCGUCGUUGCCAGGGCGUUUGCGUCUGGCGAAGGGCUUGCGAUUCUGCUGGUAAAGGCGGGCAUCGCCAAGGGACUUGAAGAUGCCGCCCAAAUUCUGUCACGGUUUGCACGCGGGUUUUCUCAAGUUGAUGACACGUUCGACUUUGUUCUUGUUGGCAAGGGCAAAGAUCGUGCCGACUACAAGGUGAUGGGUCUGUGUACCCCAGUUUCUUCCCCAGUGUCGCUAUCUUGA